AGCGGGAAGUAAUAGAAUACACGCAUAAAGUGCUUUCUUCACCCUCUUUCUCUCUCUACAAAAAAACCCAGCUCCAAAUCCCCCAACGCUCAAACAAACAAACGAAAAAAAAAAAAAAAACUCUUACACUUCUUGUUGUUCUUCAAUUUUAAUGGAAUGUUACUGGAGUUGCGUUUGCCUACUUUGUAUUUCUUUGUUACAAGCAUUUACUGCUCUAGCUAGCUAGUAGCAGUAGUAAUAGUUGUUAACUAGUGUGUGUUUUACUCUCUCUCUCUCUCUCUAGUUAAAGGUACUACUGCUACUACUGUUACUCUUACUAGCUUUCUCUCUCUACAACUAUUUAUUCUUCGUAAUUGUUGAUUUUUCUAUGUUUGUAGACGAUUUUUGUUGUAGUUUUCAGGUAGAUAAAGCAUGCCGGCAGUGUCGAUUGAUGGUUUCUCUAUCAGGGAGUUUACUGCGAAGAUGAGGAGUGUGGACGUGGUGAAAUGCUGGCCGUUCGAUGAUUCGACGAACGAAGAUCAUAUGAGAGCUAUUUUACCUCCAAUUACCGUUAAGAAAUUCAACUGGUGGCUUGAUGUUCUUGAUUCUAGUAAAAUUAAGUCUGUUAAGGGCAAAACAAGGGUUCAGAAGAAGAGGUCUAUUGUUGAUAUUUUUGCUGUAGCGCCACAAGUGGAAAGACUCGAUGGUGACGAUGAUUAUUAUGACGAUGAUGAGGAGGACGAUGAGGAUAAUAAUCACGACAUAUCUAAUGAAGGGAAAAAUGACAUUAGAAAUCGUAAAAGCAAGAGAAAAACGAAGAAGAAGAAGAAGAAAACGAUUGCGAGCAAGUUGAAGGAGGUAAAGAAGACGAUAAAGAAGGAUAAGGAUAAUAAGAGGUUUAAGCAAAAGAAGAAAGUGAAUAGUAGUUGCUUGGAUCUACUAAUACGAAAUAAGGAGAAAUUGGACAAGCUCAAAGUGCCCAAUUCUUUUUCAAAACCAAGUUGUUCACAGCAUAGUAAGAAAUGCGAGAAUGACAUGGCAGAUUAUAGUCCUACCUACGGGAAGAAACCACAAAGGAAACAUCUAGCUUCAGAUAAGAAGACCAAAGGCCUAACUGAUUCGAAUUUCUCUGCAAAACACAAAAAGAUGGUGAAUCCAGUUUGUAGCAACCUCAAGAAAAGGACUAAACGAUUUCCAGUGGAAGACUCGACAGGUGGCAUUUUAUGUGGUCCUAAUGAUGCAAAUAUUUGCAGCAAUCAACAAAGCAACAAACUUGUCACCUCAGACGAGGCCACAGAGAAAGGAGAGGUUCUAUCCAUUGUAGAUGAGAAAGGAAUAAAGAAAUAUAUUCUGAGAACUACAGAAAAUGAGGUUACUGUUCUACCUGGAUCUCCAAAGAGGUUGUCCGUGGUGGGUAGUACAGCUGAUGCUCCUGGUUUACAUAGGCACAAUGACAGUACUAAAGAUAAUUCAUUUGAAUGCUGUGAUGUUUUCAAUCAAGUUUCUGAGGGGAAUGACAAUUUAAAAUUAUCCAGAAGAGACUAUGGGGUGGUAUCACAUGGUUCACAGUAUCUCUGCAAUCCUGAGUCUCUCCAUGUGCCUCAACAGAUGUAUAACCACCAAAAGAAUGACCAAAUAUUUGGAAGUCUAAUUAAUCCUUGUGUUGCUAAUGAGGGAUCACAUGACCAGUUAAAAUGUUCUCUACCUGAAGUUGCUAGAGUUUGCACCAUGCAUUCUGUCAAGGCAUAUCCUCAACAUUCAUCAGCUUAUGAAAAUGUGAACAGGAAGCCUGUUGUACUGCCAGAAACAAUCAUUGGAAAUUGCAGUGGUCAUUUCAUGCACUAUCAGCCACUCCCUCAAAUCUCCCCUCAAGAACUAACGUGCAAAAUAUGUUCUUUCCCUGAGUGGAAGCAAAGAGAAUCCAUGUGCGGAGAAAAGGGAAAUGAAAAAGACUAUGUUAGCUUGCCCCUCAACUCUCAAGGGGAAUUAAUUGAUCUGAACUCGAACAGUAAAAGAAAGUUGACUCAGCUGCCAAGCUCAAGGGGAAUUGCGGGCUCUUCCAGAGGAUUAGCUGUAAACAAUGCUGCACUCUCAAACAUGGACAAUCUCUCUGAUGCUAGAGGUUGGGAUAAACGAGCACCACCCACAGACCAGCUAAAAAGGUCCUCUGCAGAUGAUUCAGUGGAAUGGAGCCCUACUUUUCCCGUACCUUCAAGGUUAGGUAUCUAUGAGUAUGACGCUGGAAGAAAAAAUGUUGAGUUGGAUCCGCUAAAGGAAAAUGAGGAAGCUAUUACUCCUUUUGAGUUAGGUUACAGUGUCAGUAAUUUGUCCAACCAUAGAAGCAAGCAAAACGUUCAGGCCAAGCAACUUGAAACCAGCAGGAGUAAGCAAUAUGGGAAUUCUGACCAUGUCUCACUUCUUGUCACUCCAUCGAAAAUGCGUCUGAUGGGAAAAGAGUUUACAGUUGGUAGAAGAGAUUUUCGUGUACCACAGGAUAAAAGGAUUUGGACAGAUAAACAGAUCAUUGCCGAGAAUUUUUCUGCAGAGACUUACAACUACAAUUCAGUGGUUACAAAUCAUGAUCAACAAAAUCUCACCGUGCAUCCUGUGCUAGGAACACUGAAAGGCACGGUUGCUUGGUCUCCAAGUAUCCAAAUCAAUCAGGCCAUUCCAAGGCCUCGGGUUUGCCCCCCUCACUUCAGUCAAAUUGAUUCAGUGCAGCAAAAUUGUUUAGGUGCAAUCAAACAAAGCCCUUUCUCUCCUUAUAAUCAAAAACCAAACUUUGAGGAGCCUUUUACAGGUGGAUAUAAAUCUUUCACAAUCAGCCCUUACGCGCCUGUACCAACAUCAAUGCAUCAUUACUCCAGUCAGAAUGGGGGCUCGAGCUCUGUUGAUAUGAACAGUUCAAGCUGCGCCGUCAAUUUUCCUUUCUUGCGUCCAGAUUCUGGAAGGAAUUUCCGGCCAUCCUGGUCUCAGUUCUCUUCAGAAAGCACCCCAUGGUUUUCAGAUGCAAAAGAAAAGAAACUACUAAUGGAUUUUCAUGAAGUAUAUUCUACAUCUGACAGGAAACAUCAUUACUGCAGCAUUGCUGGGGAUAACCAUCAAGUUGACCCUUCGGUAUAUCUUGCAUCAGAGCGCUUCUUUUCUUUCACUCAGCGCCCUCAACCUGUAUUGGAGAAUCCAGUUUCUCCACCAUCUUUAGCUAACUAUCCCCCUAUGCCAUUCCAAAUAGGUUCCAGAGCUAAUGCUGGCACAAAUAAAAGACAUAGUGAUGUGACGAAGUUAAAAGAGAAGAUCAUAUCGGCUCCUUGUCUUAGAGACCCUGGCAGAAAGGGCAAAAAGAGGCCGUUAUCUACAUCAGACAAUUGUACAAAUGUGACAAAAAUCCCUUACUUAGGGUUUCAAGAAGAUCCUUCAGUUGUUUUAGCACCAUUAAAAAGCUAUUCCAAUUUUGAAGGUCAAUACAGCUGCAGACAAGCAUUUGAAUCAGGUUCAGUUAAAGGCAUGGAAAACAGUAUUGAGAGUGACCAAAGUGGAACAUCAGAGGCACGCCUUGAAUCUUUUAACGAUGAAGAUACUCUCAAAUUUGAAUGUCCUCUAGGAUCUGGUCCCAUUAGAUUAACAGCUGGAGCAAAGCAUGUGCUUAAGCCCUGCCAGUAUAAUGAUCAGAAGAACUUCAGGCCAACACAUUCAACUGUCCAAUUCGAUACAUCUACUGCUGGGAGCACGACUCUGGAAACUGAGAAAUCGACCAAGAUAUACAAGUUCUAGUGGAUGUUUUUUCUCUGCUCCGGUGGACCUGGAAUCAGAUAUAAAGUAGUCGAACCACGACGCUGCAGUUAACACGUUGACUUGUAAGAUUUACUAUUAAAUUAUGCUCUAAUUUUCAGGUGACUAUCUUUUGAUUCUGAUAUGACAUUUUAAUGUGGAUGCCUAACUUUUGACAUUCAUCAUUUGUGUGGGCCUUCAGUA